AUGGUUUCGAUUUUUUUUUGAUUCGUCAUUCUGUAAUUACAAAAUUUUAAAAGUGAAAUAUACAAAAUGUUUAGGAACAUAUUCUCCAGCGCUGUCAGGUCUAUGGCCACUAAAACUCCAAAUUAUUUUUUUAGUCAUCGAUCCAAUGAAGACAAAUAUAAUGAGGAUCGUUAUUUUAAUAAGAAAGAUGCUGAGCUCCUAAAACAAAUCCGAGAUAACGGAAAGGUCGUGAUACAGGAUAAAGCUCCGGAAUGUCCAGAUGAUGCUGAACAGAAUGUAAGCAAACCGGUGUCCGUGCUUAUUCUCAGGAAUACUUGCUGUACAAGCAAGUACAAAGACAAGGGUGAAGAAGCUUACUUUAUUAAUGAGAAUACAGAAUGUAUAAGGAACCUAAAGAAGAAAUGUUCGGACUCUGAGAAGGACUCUACUAAUGAUAUACCAGUACCUAUUCCCGAUUUAGAGCAAUCAUAAAGGACUAUGGUAGCUCAGCAUUUUCUUAUCUGCCAGAACUGACAGCGCCUGCUAAGAAUCCGUUCCACAGACAUUUUUCCCGAAAAAUUAUAUUUAAUAUUUGGUAAAAGUGUAUUAUGUUUGGCGAUUAUAAAACAUAUUUUUUGUACUGUUGACUUGUGAAUAAAUAAUAUAAC